CAGCAGCAGCUGCUGCUGCAGCAGCAGCAGCUGUGUGCCGCGUACCCCGUCCAGAGCCUGACUCUGCAGCAGCAGGCGCCGCAGGGGCCCUGCGAGCUGCUGCUGCAGCCCAAGCAGCAGCAGCUGCUGCUGCAGCAGCUGGAACACGAGAGACUCGUGCUGCGGCAGCAAGUCCUCAGAGGUGCAAGUCCGCAGCUGCUGCUGCAGACGCUGGGCCGGCAAGACGCCAUACAGCGGGAGCUGGCGUUCGUAAUAGAGGCGGAGCAGCAGCAGCAGCAGCAGCAGCAGCAGUACGAGUACUGGGAGCGGCAGCAGCGCCUCAGCAGCAGCAGCAGCAGCAGCAAGCGCAGCAGCAGCAGACCUGGGUUUCUCAGAUCCCUCCUCAGCAGCUAUGUCUUCAAGUUCCUGCUGCUGCUGUGGCUGGUGUAUGGGUGCGUGGUGGGGUGUAUGUACACCCUGAAGCACAAGCUGCUGGAGCAGCAGUGGGGGUGGGCGACGGAGGGGUUCUGA